CCAUGGUUCUAGGGCUGGAUAGUUUUGCCAAGAGGGGUGGGAUGGGUAUAUAAACUCGACUUCGCUGGGAUAUGAAAGUUGAUAAUUUCACGCCGCUACGCGAAGUUGAUUCAACUACGGUGAUUUCUUCUUCAUGGCUGACUGCACUACUGAGAUGAUCUCUCUGCCUGCUGAGAAUGAGCUCGGUGAGUACUGGCACGUUACCGCCAGUCGUCCCCUUCCUAACUACAUUCCAGCAGCCACCAAGACCUCACCACCAGCCAACAAAACGCCAAGUCCAGUCAGCGCCAACACACCAGACCUCACCACCCUCCCACCCCUACCGCCGCCCACAGACGCCGAGCCAUGGGAUCUCGACGAGCCCUUCACGCCCGUCGCAUUCGACCCCAUCUGGGACGGACCCGCGACGCACCUCUUCACCGCCACGUACCUAGGCAGGACCGUGACGCGCACCGAAGCCCAGCGCUCGCUACUUUUCCUGCGCCACCUCCGCCGUCUCCUGCACGACCAACUCGACCUAAUCGAUGAGUGCGGACAAGACGAACUCAGCGCCGAGCACGACAUCACGUCGCCCACCGCAGACCAGUGCUCGUUCCAGUUCAACCACAUCGGGAUCGCCGAGGUGCUGAAUCCUGACUCGCGGAGCUGCUGGUUUGAGCGGUUUGGCCUGUGUGCGCCCGACGAGGUGAGGGUCGUGCGGAACUGGUUUUGCCAUGAGUUUGCGACGCCGGUGAGGAGUAGGUCGUUGGAGGCGGUUAUGCGAGGGGGGUGGGGCAUGUAUGCGUCGUUGUGGGGGAGCGUGGAUGCGGUUGUUGAGGGGUUGGAGCGGCUUGUGGGCGAUGGGGAGGCGUGGCGGGAACCGGAGGGGGCUGCGCGGGGGUGGGAGCCGCAGGGGGGUGGGGAUGUGGAGGGUGAUGAGUGCGAGGCUGGUGUGGUGCUCGCUGAUGAUAGGGUCUGGGCUGUUGUUUUGUGCUUGGUGGCGUGUUUUGUGUCGGUGUUGUGUGGUCCGUUGUCUGUUCGCGUGGUGGUUUCCAGGUUUUCUUAGGGCAGGUUCUGUUCAGUGAGGAGACGUAUCGUUGUGUAUUUGUUGCGGCCACCAAUCAAGAAUUGUUUCUGGUUUCUGAUCUUCAUUGGUGGUUUAGUUCAGUUUGUGGCAGUACUCGAAGAGACGUGC